CUAAAAAGUGUGGUCAAUAUAAUCACUCAAUUGUCAAGUCCACUUCAUUCCACCCUGCAAAAAUAAACCCCACAGUCCUAUAUAUACAUACCACUUGUACAAUAUUCAUCCAUACAAACACUUCCCAGUGGUCUCAGAACUUAUCCAACUUCAAUUCAAAGUUUCUUGAAAAUUGAAAAUCAUGGUGGUUGCUGAGAUGAAUGGAUGGAGAGGCAUGGGGAGCUUCGGCCUACAUGUCAUCGCCGGCCGGUGGUUCAUGGUGUUUGCCUCCCUUCUCAUCAUGGCCAUGGCGGGAUCGACCUACAUAUUCGGCCUCUACUCGGGAGACGUCAAACACUCUCUAGGGUAUAGCCAAACAACGUUAAACUUGCUCAGCUUCUUCAAAGAUCUGGGAGCUAACGUUGGGAUUGUGUCGGGUUUGAUCAACGAGGUUACCCCGCCGUGGGUGGUUCUGUUCAUGGGAGCAAUCAUGAACUUCUUCGGCUACUUCAUGAUAUGGCUGGCCGUGACUGGGCACAUAGCCAAGCCUAAGCUAUGGCAGAUGUGUUUAUACAUAUGUAUCGGAGCAAAUUCCCAGACAUUUGCGAACACCGGAGCUUUGGUUACUUGCGUUAAGAAUUUCCCAGAAAGCAGGGGGAUUGUUCUGGGGCUGUUGAAGGGAUUUGUGGGUCUUAGCGGCGCAAUCGUCACCCAACUUUUCCAUGCUUUCUACGGUAAAGAUGGGAAAGCUCUCAUCUUGCUCAUCGGAUGGUUACCCGCCGUCGUUUCCUGCGUUUUUCUCAGAACCGUCCGGAUCAUGAAGGUCGUCCGGCAAACAAACGAGGUCAAGAUCUUCUACAAGCUCCUCUUCGUGUCCCUGGGCUUAGCAGGCUUUCUCAUGAUCAUAAUCAUCGUACAAAAUCGAAUCACCUUCACUAGGCCGUUAUACGCCGGGAGCGCCACGGUUGUGGUGGCUUUACUCUUUGCGCCACUCUUUAUUGUCAUCAAAGAAGAGCUCAAUAUCUGGGCAGCCAAACAAAGAGAGCUAAAAGUGAAAGAGGUCCCUCAAGUCAAAAUUGAAAACCCACCACCGUCCGCAGAGCCGCCGCCGCCGCCGCCUGCGGCGGCGGCGGCGGAAACUCCAUGUUUUAGCAAUGUGUUCAACCCGCCGCCGAGAGGGGAGGACUACACGAUAUUGCAAGCGCUAUUCAGUAUCGACAUGAUCGCUCUUUUUACCGCGACGACGUUUGGGGUUGGGGGGACGUUGACGGCCAUUGAUAACUUGGGGCAAAUCGGCAGAGCCUUGGGGUACCCAUCGGAGAGUAUUACCACGUUUGUGUCACUGGUAAGUAUAUGGAACUAUCUGGGCCGAGUCGCGUCGGGGUUUUUCUCGGAAAUCUUCUUAGCCAAAUACAAAUUCCCGCGUCCCCUCAUGCUCACAAUCGUCCUCCUCCUCUCCUGCGCCGGCCACCUCCUCAUCGCCUUCGGCGUCCCUAAUUCCCUCUACGUUGCCUCCGUGCUAAUGGGGUUCUGCUUCGGGGCGCAAUGGCCGCUAAUCUUCGCCAUCAUAUCUGAAAUCUUCGGGCUCAAGUACUACUCCACGCUCUACAACUUCGGCGGCGGGGCCAGCCCCGUCGGCGCGUACUUGCUUAACGUGAGAGUCGCCGGACAUUUGUACGACAGGGAGGCGACGAGGCAGCUUAGAGCUAAGGGUCUGGAGAGGAAAGACGGGGAAGAUCUGACGUGUAUAGGCGUGGAGUGUUACAAACUGGCGUUUCUGAUAAUCACGGGGGCUACGUUUGUUAGCGUCAUUGUUUCUGCCAUUUUGGUGCUUAGAACAAGAAAGUUCUACAAAGGGGACAUAUAUAAGAAGUUCAGAGAGCAAGGCGGUGGUGCGGCGGUGGAGACUGCGGCGGCGGCAAAUCCGUCGACGAAGCCACCGGCGCAUGCUGACCAGUAACAUAGGUGUCGGAAAAUAUGUUAUACAUUGUUUCCGGCCAUCCGGGUAUAUUAAGCUUAAUUAGAUAGUAAAUCCCAAUUACAUUAUGAUUAAGACGUCAAUUAGGUUGGUUCUAUUAACCAGUUUGAUCAUGCAAGCUGGAGGAUACCUUGAAUAUAAAUAACUAGAUAUGACAGCUGAAUGGUUCUAGUUCAAUUAUUAUUAUUU